CAGUUAUCACCUGCGACCUGACAGAGGGCAUGCAUAGUAAUUUUAUUACAAACAUCGAACUAGAUACCACUGACAAUUUUGCUGGUACAAUUCCGCCAGUAGAAAAUUUGAGAAACGAAAGUGAAAGCUUCACUGCAAAACUCAAGAAUAAAGGAGGAAACUUUACCGUUAAUAUACCGCUUGAUGUAACAGUACCUGUACUCGUUGCCGAGUUAACAAUAGAGGGACCAGAAAAUGUUGAGUCUGUAAAGAUCACCAUACCCCAGGAGGAUGGCGAUGACGAAAUAUAUGUGGUAAGACCAUAAAAUAAUAUCAUACACAAGUGUCAUACUUACGUAAACCUACUUUUUCAGGGAAUGUAUAAUGAAUUUUCUGCAUAUCCCAUAUCCUACAUCUGUACAUAUACAAUUAGCAACAAAUACUUGAUCAAACUUAAUGAGACAUUGAAUACCAUGCUAUGAGAAGGCCCUUAGAACAAUAUUGCAUACGCCAUUAAAAAUAUCAUUUUCAUGUUUAA